UUAAAAAACUUGUAAAAACUGAAAUCGUGUUUUUACCUGCAGAAGCGCUACAUUUGUUGUUUGAAACUACGCAUCGCGGCUGCGUUUCACAUAAGUGUUGCGGCUGUCAAGAUACCUUGCGGCUGUUCAAUAAUCGUUUCGCAAAAUGUAAUAAGUAAUAAUGUGUGUCGUAUGUUGGUGGAUCGGAUGUGUGUGUGUCGGAUGUUGGUCGUUUUCCCGUUGGAUAAAUUAAAGGUAAUUUACCGUUAAUUUGUACUUUUUCAGUUUCAGUGUUUUUCUUGCUUUCCAAGUUUAUUUUAUCGCACGAAAGGCUUGGUGGUUUGGGUGAUCCCUUCUCGCUUGGCCUCUAUCGCCUCGUGAUUAACGAGUUUGUUUGCGUUGCCUUUGUUUUGUUGUUCACCGAAGUGAAACGUGCAAGGCAGCAAGCGGAUUCAGUAACACCAUGAACUCUUUGUCGUCGUCCACCACCGUUGUAACAGAUUCCGUCCCAUCCGGCAGCCAAUCUCAGUCUGUAAAACCGGAAGAUCCGGACAUCGAAUGUUGUAUUUGCGUCGAACCAGCGCUUCAUCCUGUCAAGUUGCCAUGCUCGCACGUUUUCUGUUUCCUGUGCAUAAAAGGUGUCUGCGCGACCGAUUACAGUUGUCCCCUAUGUCGGAAGAAAAUCCCGAAGUCAGCGAUUGAUAAGCCCAAGCUUCUGGAUAAGGACCUGAAAGUUAAAGGGAAGAAAAGAAAGGCAAAAGACAAAAGCAGCAAUAAGAGGCGCAAGAGUCAAACUUCCACUUCCGGCGAUUCGCCCAGUGCGCCCGACAAAUCGGACAGUAUAGUCAUCUGGUUUUACGAGGGGAAAAACGGAUGGUGGCGGUAUGAUGAGCGGACGGAACAGCUGAUCGACCAGGCCGUAGCGGAUGGGAAAAGCUCCUUGGAAGCGCUGAUUGCGGGGAAUAUUUACGUGCUGGAUUUGGCGGGGAAGGUGCAAAUGCUGAAGAGUAACCCGAAUAUUAAACGGAACAUUAAGCAGGAUACGCUGAGCGCUGACUGUAAGGGCAUUGCGGGACUGCUGAUAAAAUGAUCUGCGAACAGCGCGAGAAUUGCGUUCCAUGGAGGUCAGCAUUGUCUUACUUUCGCACAACUUCCGUUUUUAGAUAAACUUAAGUACUUUUCUUUAUUUCUUUCUUCUAUUUUUUAAUUCUCAUUCAGUACUUAUAUUCUGUUUUCUUGUUGACAACGAUUUUAUACAUACUCUACGAUUUACGUUUAUGGAUUUAUAUGGGUACCAUACUUCUGUUGCUUGUGAUGCCAAAGUGCUACAUGAUUGAGGAUGAUGAUUCAUUAUUGAUUG